GAACAGUCAGUGGAGAUUAAUUUAAAGGCUCAAAUCUGGUGAAAUCAUGGCUUCUGUUGCACGGAGGUUUCCUCAACAUCUAAAGGAGCUUAGAAUUCAUCUUUGCCAACGUUCAAAUGCAAGUGAAGGCGUUAGGGAAUGGGUGAAGACACAGUAUGUAGAAGUGAAGAAGGCCAAUCCCCGUUUCCCUAUCCUGAUCAGAGAAUGCAGUGGGGUUCAGCCUAUGGUCUAUGCAAGAUACGAGUUUGGACGUGAGGCGAGUACUGAUGUGACAGGUUUUAACUCCAAGCAAGUCAACGAGACUAUUCAAUCCCUUGUUGCUCAGCAACCAAAAUAACUCUGAUGAUGAAAUUAAAUUGAAUCUGGACAUAUCAAAGAAACACAGCAGUGUAUAGAUGUGGCAUCUGCCGUCUUUCAUCUAAAGAAAUCAGGAACGGAUAUGGAGGUCUUUGAAGGAAUACUCUACUGAAAGACGGGAUGGAUGCAUCAUACUUUCUAUAAAUUAACUGACCUGGGUGUGGGAGGAGAUCUUCAAUGGAAAACAAGUUUGUGUACAGUCUGAACUUUGAAGCUAUGAAUGCAAUUAUAUUUCUUUGUCUAAGCAUAGUGCUUUGAUCCAGUAUUUUUUUAAGAUUGUGGGGAAAGAAUUUUUCAAAAUGCUUUUGAUUUCUCUGAGAUGCAUAAUGAUCGACCUGACUUAACACAAUUUUGGAACUUUCAGAGUUAUUGAGAACACUUGGAUGAAAGUCAGUGUUUAUUGUCUCCCCCCCCCCUUUCCUCAGAUAUCUGUUAUAUUCUGCAUGACUGAUGGUACCAGUCUAGUGGUUCUACCAAAUCAGCCCCAUUCCCCUUCUCUCCCUUUAUGUAAGGAAUGAUAUUUAUGAAUUUACCUUUCCAUUUAUAUUCCAUUCGUUGGCACGUCUAGGGAGCAAAGUGGCAUGUGGCCUGGGGACCGCUUUCAAGCGGUGCAAAAAAUAAAUAAAAAGUUUUAAACACCCCUCCAAACCUGGAUGUCAUAAAUGAUGAAAAAGGUAAAUUGGAUGAGAUAGGGGUGGGGC